AUGGGCUUCCAUAUGGUGCUGACGUUAAAAUAAAAUAAAUGAAACAUUCCAAAACAAUAUAUGGGAGCAGAUAUGUCUUUUUAGCAAAGAAAUGAGCUCCGCACGUAUCAAACUACAACUCCCAUAAGACAUCUGUUCUGAGUAGGUCAAUCAAUGUCCUGUGUGAUUUUCAACCAAUCAGAAUGCCGACCGCCAUGUGCGUCACCAGCUCGGACCUCAGUUUCUCGGCGUAUUUUUUUCUGAGAGAAGACAGCGGCUGGCGGCGCCAUAUUGAAAGAAGAACAUUGUUCCACUAAACGGCCCGAACCUUAAAUCUGCAGUCAUGUUGUACCUGGAGGAUUAUCUGGAGAUGAUCGAGCAGCUCCCCAUGGACCUCCGUGACAGGUUUACGGAAAUGAGAGAGAUGGACCUGCAGGUUCAGAACGCCACAGAUCAGCUGGAGCAGAAGGUCAUUGAGUUCUUCGUCAAUGCCAAGAAAAACAAACCUGAGUGGAGAGAAGAACAGAUGGAGGUCAUUAAAAAGGAUUAUUACAAAGCUUUGGAAGAUGCAGAUGAGAAAGUCCAGCUGGCCAAUCAGAUUUAUGACCUGGUGGACCGCCACCUGCGUAAACUGGACCAGGAACUGGCCAAGUUCAAGAUGGAGCUGGAGGCUGACAACGCCGGCAUCACAGAGGUCCUGGAGAGACGGUCUCUAGAGAUGGACAGUCCGUCUCAGCCAGUCAACAACCAUCACAUCCACUCUCACUCCGCCACUGAGAAAAGGAAGUACAGCGCUCCGACGCACCACACUACCGAACACGUUCCAGAGAAGAAGUUCAAGUCUGAAGCUCUGCUCUCCACGUUAACCUCAGACGCCUCCAAGGAGAACACCCCAGGUUGCCGUACCAACAGCACGUCCUCGUCCACCAACAAUGUGUACAGUGGUGUGACCCCCUCUCAGCCUCUGGCCUCCUACAACCUGAGCUCUCUGCCGGCAGGAACUGGAUCCGGAGCAGGAGCCAUCACCAUGGCUGCUGCUCAGGCCGUCCAGGCCACGGCUCAGAUGAAGGAGGGCAGGAGGACGUCCAGCCUGAAAGCCAGCUACGAAGCCAUCAAGAACAACGACUUCCAGCUGGGCAGAGAGUUCACUUUGUCCCGGGAGAACACCGGCUACUCCUCCUCCGCUCUGGCCUCCACCCUCACCCAGACCCUUACCCCCCCCACGGCCUCCGACUCCAGGGGGCGCAAGUCCAAAAGCAGCAUCAAGUCUUCCAACCACCAGUCCUCUUCCUCCUCCUCCUCUUCCUCGCUGUCGUCAUGCUCGUCAUCUUCAGCACUGGCUCAGGAGCUUUCCCAGCAGGCCUCAGCGCUGCCCGAAGCUGAGGCCAACAGCCAGGUGGACUGGACCUACGACCCCAACGAGCCCCGGUACUGCAUCUGUAACCAGGUAUCUUAUGGAGAAAUGGUGGGCUGUGAUAAUACAGAUUGUCCCAUCGAGUGGUUCCACUACGGCUGUGUGGGUCUGACCGAGGCUCCCAAGGGGAAGUGGUUCUGUCCUCAGUGUACCGUCGCCAUGAAGAGGAGAGGCAGCCGCCACAAAUAGACCUGGCAGCCAUGUUGGAUUGUAUCCUCCCAAAACAGGUCAAAGGACAACAGAAGGUUUCCAAUUCUGAGGAUAAAGUCUCAAUGUUGCAUUUAAAUCCAGCAGAAGUUUAACCAAUUGAUUACAUUUAGUUUAUUGAUUAAACAAUCGAUAGCUGAAGUCUGGCCAUUACUUCAUAUUAAACACGUACAUAUGUAUAUACGCACAUGUUUAUGUAUGUCCAACCUUACACACAAAGGUCACAGGUCAAACUUUAUUCAUUGUCAAUGAGGAUAUAACAUCUAAAGUAAAAUAUAUUUCACAUCAAUGAUUGGAAUUCAGACUUUUUGCUUUACCUCAAAGGCAUUGCAUUUAAAAAUUUCUGACUUAAUUGACAAAAACUUAAAGUCAUUUAAUGAAGUCAGAAGUUUGUCAUAAUGUGAGAAUCCAGAGUUAAUUAAAUACACGAGUAACGGAUCAUUAAUCUCAGAGCUGGAGAUUUUCUUCUUUUGUGGAAAUACUACAAACACAGAAGGAGCCUGAUUGAACCUGAUGAUGUCUCCAGGGACAUCAUGAAGACAAUGUCCUCACAAGAACCAGUCUCCCUGUCUGUCUCCUGGCAUUAGAAAUGUCUCCUCUUGUGAUCGGCUGUUUCUACUGUUUCUGUUUACAAAGACCAAAUGUUUGUUGUUGUUGUUUUGUUUCAUUAAAUGAAGAGGGGAAAAAAUAA